GGCUCCUCCUCCCCAGCCAUCUCCUCUGGCUCGCUCACCAACUCCGGGCCCAGCCGCGGGCGGGCGCAGGGCGGGCAGACAGCAUGCUGAGCCUCCUCAUCUGGAUCCUCACUCUCUCCGAUACUUUCUCCCAAGUGCCAGCUUUGGCUUUGCCAGGGACCCAGACUCGCUUCAGCCAGGAGCCAGCCGACCAGACUGUGGUGGCCGGACAGCGGGCCGUGCUUCCCUGCGUACUGCUCAACUACUCAGGAAUUGUGCAAUGGACCAAGGAUGGGCUGGCGCUGGGCAUGGGCCAAGGACUCAAAGCAUGGCCGCGGUACCGGGUCGUGGGCUCUGCAGACACCGGGCAGUACAACCUGGAGAUCACUGAUGCCGAGCUCUCUGAUGAUGCCUCUUAUGAAUGUCAGGCCACCGAGGCUGCUCUGCGCUCCCGGCGGGCGAAACUCACCGUGCUCAUCCCUCCAGAGGAUACUAGGAUUGAUGGAGGUCCUGUACUUCUGCUGCAAGCAGGCACCCCCCACAACCUCACAUGCCGAGCCUUUAAUGCCAAGCCUGCUGCUACCAUCAUCUGGUUCCGGGACGGGACUCAGCAGGAAGGUGCUGUGGCCAGCACGGAACUGCUGAAGGAUGGGAAGAGGGAGACCACUAUCAGCCAGCUGCUCAUUAACCCCACAGACCUGGACAUUGGGCGAGUCUUCACCUGCCGCAGCGUGAACGAGGCCAUCCCGAGUGGCAAGGAGACUUCCAUUGAGCUUGAUGUGCACCACCCUCCUACAGUGACGCUGUCCAUUGAGCCACAGACUGUGCAAGAGGGCGAGCGUGUUGUCUUUACAUGCCAGGCCACAGCCAAUCCUGAAAUCCUAGGCUACAGAUGGGCCAAGGGGGGCUUUUUGAUUGAAGAUGCCCAUGAGAGUCGCUAUGAGACAAAUGUUGAUUAUUCCUUCUUCACGGAGCCUGUGUCCUGUGAGGUUUACAACAAAGUGGGCAGCACCAAUGUCAGCACUUUAGUAAAUGUUCACUUUGCCCCUCGGAUUGUAGUUGACCCUAAACCUACGACUACAGACAUUGGCUCUGAUGUGACUCUCACAUGUGUCUGGGUUGGGAAUCCCCCCCUCACCCUCACCUGGACCAAAAAGGACUCAAACAUGGGGCCCAGGCCUCUUGGCUCCCCACCCGAGGCUGCUCUUUCUGCCCAGGUACUGAGUAACAGCAACCAGCUGCUGUUGAAGUCAGUGACCCAGGCAGAUGCUGGCACCUACACCUGCCGGGCCAUUGUACCUCGCAUAGGAGUGGCUGAGAGGGAGGUGCCACUUUAUGUGAAUGGUCCCCCCAUUAUCUCCAGCGAGGCAGUGCAGUAUGCUGUUAGGGGUGACGGUGGCAAGGUAGAAUGUUUCAUCGGGAGCACGCCACCCCCAGACCGCAUUGCAUGGGCAUGGAAGGAGAACUUUCUGGAGGUGGGGACCCUGGAACGCUAUACAGUGGAAAGGACCAACUCAGGCAGUGGGGUGCUGUCCACACUAACCAUCAACAACGUCAUGGAGGCUGACUUUCAGACCCACUAUAACUGCACUGCUUGGAACAGCUUUGGGCCAGGCACAGCCAUCAUCCAGCUGGAAGAGAGAGAGGUGUUACCUGUGGGCAUCAUCGCUGGGGCCACCAUCGGUGCAGGCAUCCUGCUCACCUUCUUCUUUAUUACCUUGGUGUUCUUCCUCUACCGGCGCCGCAAAGGCAGUCGCAAGGAUGUGACCCUAAGGAAACUGGACAUCAAGGUGGAAACAGUGAACCGUGAGCCACUCACAAUGCAUUCUGACCGGGAGGACGAUACUGCCAGCGUCUCCACAGCGACUCGAGUCAUGAAAGCCAUCUACUCAUCCUUCAAGGAUGAUGUGGACCUGAAGCAGGACCUGCGCUGUGAUACCAUUGACACCCGGGAGGAGUAUGAGAUGAAGGACCCCACCAAUGGCUACUACAACGUGCGUGCCCACGAAGACCGACCCUCUUCCAGGGCAGUACUCUAUGCUGACUACCGUGCCCCCGGCCCUGCCCGCUUCGAAGGCCGCCCCUCUUCCCGUCUCUCUCACUCCAGCGGCUAUGCCCAGCUCAACACCUACAACCGGGCCCCAGCCUCCGAUUACGGUCCAGAGCCCACAGCCCCUGGCCCAGCUACUCCAGCUGGCACCGACACAACCAGCCAGCUGUCGUACGAGAACUAUGAGAAGUUCAGCUCCCAUCCCUUCCCUGGGGCAGCAGGGUACCCCACCUAUCGAUUGGGUUACCCCCAAGUCCCACCUUCUGCCCUGGAACGGACCCCAUUUGAGGCAUAUGACCCUAUUGGCAAGUAUACCACAGCCACUCGAUUCUCCUACACAUCCCAGCACUCGGACUAUGGCCAGCGCUUCCAGCAGCGCAUGCAGACUCAUGUGUAGGGGCCAGAGCCUAGCUGGGGCAUCUCUGCGGGGCAGAGGAGAAGCUGUUCCCUGAUAUUCAGGGGCGUGCGUUGCUCAUUGCUCCUGUCCCCAACCAACCUUCCUCCUGCUGCCAUGGAAGGGGGGAAACAGGUCUCCCAGAAACACCCCAUCCAAGGAUGGUGCUGUAUGCAUGCCUCAGCCUUCUGGGCCCGCCCUUCCUCCUUCUUCAAGAGGAUGUGUGUGUUCUGACCUGCACUCACACCUGGGGAUGGGGAAAGUAAAGGUUAUGGACAGCAGAGAGGGCACUUUUAGCAUUCCCUUUCUAUCCUAACCCUGUGGUCUCCCAUAAGCGGAUGGGGGAUUCAUGUGGGAAUGGAUAGGCUUGGGCCUAGGAGACAGGACAUGUAGGGCUGAGUGGCUAUGGCACAUAUAGAUGGAAACAGGAUGGCCUGGCGAGUCCCUCUGCCAUCUGCACUUACAGCCUGGUGCAUCUCUUCUUCCUCAGGACUGCAGAAGAGACUUUAUUCUAUCUUUGUCUAUAGAACAGCCUGGCACUGAGCUCAAAUCCAGCCUUUAUUCAGCUGAGAUUAAAAUGCCAGUCAUCCUGGCUGCCCAUUAUGAACACUUGUCAGUUAGUCUGCAGAGGGAUCCAGAUGUCUCCAUUAACACUACUGCCUUUCCUUCUCCUUUAUGCGGGGCUAGCAAAAUAAGUCAGGAGGUUGUGGCAGAAGAAGGAAAGCUAGGAAUCAUUUUCCAUUUCCCCAGCAAGACAGCUCUGUGUUACCUAGCACUUUCCAGAACCCAUACUAGGGGAGCCUACCCAAACCCCAUUCUUUCCCCAGUCUGCCUCACUUAACUUAUUUGAACUCUGGAGCUUCCCUGAGGAAUUGUAGAUGAAAGGGUAGGGGUACUAUAGGCUAUUUAUCAAAGAAUAAAAUGAAAACCUCCUUUGGAAAAAUAAUAAUAAAGCAGUAGGGAUUCCCCCACCCAAAUAUAAUUUCCAAUGAAAAGGAAAGGAGGCACACAUGUUCUUCACCAGAUUUCUAACACCUUCCAUUACUUUUUCAAUUGCCAAACACUUUGAAUCCAUUUUUAAACAUUCAGGUGGUAAGAUCUUCUUGCAGUUGGGCUCUGACAGGCUUAGGGUGGGGACCUGGUUCUCAGACACCCUGUACUACCCCCAGAGGCCACCUUCCAGGGGACAUGGGAAAGGUGCUCUUUACAUGGAUUUUACUUAAGUCCUUUUCUCCUCUUUUAUCAAUCAUAUUCCCCCUUUUUGCAGUGCCUUGAGCCUUGUUGACAAGCCCUGUGUGGAAGACUUUGCUGGGACUGGGUAUUACGAGUCCCAAACACUCUGACAAGUGUUGCAGAGUUUAGGGAACAGACUGAUGAGAGGGCCUGGUAAAUGGAAGUGCAGACUGACAGCAUAAGGUGGUGCAGAGGGCACUCCAGACAGCCAUGGCCCAUGCUGACACCAUCUGCACAUGUAGGCACACAUGCACACACACAUUCUCAUGGCCUUUCUCAGCCACCACCUGAUAACCAAAAAGAACCAGUGCUACAGAGAGAAUCCAUACCUGGCCUCCCCUUCCCUAGAAGCAGGGUUUAGAGUGCAGUCCUUAUUCACUCAGUCCUGACAACACAGGUGAGGUGUUCUGUGUCAUGCCCAGAAUAUGCAUCGCCCAUGAAAUAUGCAUCUCAUGGUCACCUUUCAUUAGUUAUAUUCACUAUAGUGAGUUAAACACUCAUCAGCCAAGGGCCAUCACCACCUUUUCAAGUGGGUUUGUGGGGUGACAUUCUUUGCCACUCCUCAGCUGGUAAGAAUCAGCUAAUGCCCAGGAAUAAAGUAGCUCCAUUUCUGGCUUCACAGCUGCCUAAAGGGACUAGAGCCCCAUGGACCUACCCUUUCUGAAACAUGAUCCAGGCUCCUACCCAUAUCCACCUCUAGAAGUUGACACCUCCCUGUGCAAUCCUUUUAUGUAAGCUCAGUGAGAUGGCUUUUUAAGGAUGCAGAUUCCUCUGGGGACGUAUUCAUGUGUAUUUUGAUUAUUUUUGCAGGAGCUAGAAUCCAUGUGUAACCCAGAUAAAAUCUAAACAGAAAUAUUUCCAAACUCAUCUUUGUUCAGGGUUUGGUCAGAGUCUCUUAUUUCCCCCAUUUUGGUUAAGUGUUGGGCCUAUUCUGUUGAAACAAUGGAGAGGAGGGGGCCCAAGGUUACUAGGUAACUCAGCUGACAUUGUGGGAGCCAUUAGUUUUCUGAGCCACAAUACAGAGCUAUUGCACUGUUUUCUGUUUCUUAACACCUUAAUUGGGGCCUUCUGGGUAUCAAGCAAGUGUUGCCAUGCAAGGCACAGGGAGACAUCAGCUACCAAGGUCAUCUCUGUUCACUGCAACUGGCACUCUGGCCCAAUCAGAAUCUGCAUUGGGACCUGCCUGUUAGUCCAAGUGAAAUAAGUUUUUCUGGGGAGUGGAAGGUGCCCUUGAAUAUAGAGCUUUGUUGUCUAUAGAGCUGUAGUCCUCCAGUAUGGUGCCUCAGUACUUGAUGUGGUCACCUUGGUUGUCCUGACCACCUUUGACUAUCUUGUUUCAGUCAAGGGGUUAGCAGUCAGGAAACCUGGGACCUCAUUCUGAAGUUGUCAUUUACUGAGUGACCCUGGCCUAAUCUCUUCAUUUCCUUUUAUUUUCUGGCCUGUAAAAUGAGGGAUAAGGGUUGCACAAACCUAGAAUUGUUGUGCUCAUUCUCUGUUCAUUUGGUGAAGUGGAACAUCCUGGCCCUCCCUGGCAAGGAGUUGGGAACAGUAAGCUUAGGGAUGGAGGAGUUGAAAUGUUCCUUUGAAAGAAGCUUUCACCUCUGGUUUCAUUAUCUUAUCAGAAGUAUUGUGAAAGAAUGUCCACUUCUUGUUGACCCUAAACAGCAACAAAAAGCAUACCUUAAACCUCAGUAAAAUUAAUGUGGGGUUAUCCUUUUACCAUUGAGUAAUUGUACUCCUCCCCACUCAGAAUUCUAAUAGUUUUGCAAUGGUGUCAUGGCCAAGGCAGGGCAGGGUGACUCCUUCACUGUGUAUCCAACUUCGAUGGUGACAAAUGGGAAUAGCCACCUGCCACCUUGGUCCUCAGGAUCAUUUUCCUGGCUAGGGACCACUUACUAGGACAAGACUGCAAGGUAAGGUGUUUUAAGCCAGAAGGCAAGGCAUGACUACAGCUGAUCCCUCUGUGAAGGAGUAUGUAGGAAGAAUAGAUGGGUUCAGUAGUCAUAACAUAAACUAUAGUUCCUAAAGAGGUUCUGUGAUUCUGGGUGAGCCAUUGUUUCUUUGUGGAGGGCCUAGCCUGCAUCCUAAAUCCUGAAUCCCUCAAAGCCCACCAUAGAGUUUGAAUUAAGCAAAAACCUCAAGUCAGGAAGGAAAAUGACCAGGGAUGGGAUCAGUGCUAUUUCCUUACAAAUGUCUUGCUUGGGAUGAAAAUGGUUAGUUUGACCACCCUAUCCUAGAUACUGUGUCUUCUUUUCCCAGCAGUAGCUACUUCCCUCAUCACUUUGAGGGCAGCAUUUCUGCUUUACAGGAUGGAGCACACUGGCCAGGAAUCUCUUUGCCCUUGUCCCCCGUCACUAACCAAUUGGCACUCUAUCAGGAACCACAAGUCCUGGGCUCCUUAAAAUGGAAUGAAGUGGUCUGUCAAUAUAGGGUUUAAAGAAAAUUAUGUUAAAAGCCAAGACACCAGUUGGACUAAACUGCCUCAGUCACUGCCUCUUUUUGCUGUGUGGACAAUAUGUCCCCACUGCUGUACUACCAAGGCCACCCCAGCCUCAGAAACCCUGGCUUCUCUACCAUUUUAGUGCUGCAUGUUGAGGUAAUCAACUGAAAGGCAUUAGAGAAGAUCCUGACCUUGGUGGGACCACUGAGGAAGUGAUAAUGGAAUACUCAUGUGCACAGACCCAGGGAUAUAAUUGGAGUCUAUAAAAUUAUCAUUUAAACAUCCCAUUCCCUUCUCUGCACCCUCCCCGCCAUUACCUCUCCUUUCCUGGAGGUCAGCCUCUUUCUUAAAGGCCUAACCUUUAUCAGCUUGAUUCUGACAUUCCACCUCUAGGCUGGUGGAGAGGACAGAAAGAUGUGUGGAUUGGGAAAUGGAAGGAAGGGCAGAAUCCCAUAUUCUGGCAUCACUGUGAGAGGGAGCUCCAGGUCCUGUUCCUGGAGAAAUAUUUGCUGUGUAUACUGGGGGUUUCUUGUACAAGCCUGCCCUUUCAAAAAAAAAAAAAAAAC